GUUGAGUCCUUGGCCGAUCUGUGCGCCGACGCCAAGCAAUCCCUUACGCGGCCUUUCAAGUCCGUUCCUGUGGGGUCCCGCAUCCUGCAGGUUCUACCGAUUGCAGGGGGUAAGGGUCUUUCGGAUGCGGGUUUCCGGGUGACUUUUGGGGUUCACAGGACUGAGGAGGAGUUCGUCCGCACCUCUUUGACUCUGCCUCACCCCUUCGAUCUUGCAUCCUCUGUCCCUGACGAGAUCCUUGAUAUCCUGGGUUUCACCCUUAUCAAGGGCCCGCUUGCAGUGAUGAGACACAGGCUUGAUACUCUGACAAAGUGGAGAAAGUGGUCUGAGGAACUUCGUGAUGCGGAGCGGUUGCUCCACUCCAGGCUUCACCCGGAUGUUGAGAGAAUCGCCGCGAAGAAGAACCUGUCUCUGCUGAGGCGGGUGGCUGAGGACUUGGGGUGGUCCGACUCCACCAUCGUCGACGACAUCGAAGGUGGAUUCGCACUCGUUGGUGAGGCCAAGGUCACAGGGAUCUUCGAGUUGGACCCGAAGCCUGCGGCGAUGACAAUAGCGGAGCUGCUUGACCAUGCGAAAUUUGUCAGACCUGCUUUGUGGGGAAAAGUUUCAGGGGCCAAGGCUCGAGAGGAUGAUCAAGAACUUUGGGACAUCACGUGCUCCGAGGCAGGUGAUCGGGGGUGGCUUCAUGGACCUUAUGACUGGGAUCAGCUUCAGCAGAUGUUCGGCUCUGAAUGGGUACCGGUUCGCGACCUCAGGACGCUGCGCAGUCAAGUCAAUGCUGUUAACCAGGCCUGGUCCGUGAUGGAAAGGAUAAGCCUCAGGGCGCUUGACGAGCUCACUUGGGCGUGCAUGGCCAUCAUGAGGGCAUGCAUCUCGAAGGGCGAGAUCUUUUUCAGGAAGUCCGAUGGUUCUACGGUUUCGGGCCCGCUGCAUGCAUAUUGGGCACAGGACAGGACCAGGUGUGAGCCGGUGGUCAAGACGACUGACUUGCGUGCCGCUCACAAGCAGUUUGCAAUAUGCCCUCGGCAGCAGCGGGUGUGCGUGGUUACGCCGGUUACGCUUAAAGAUCCAGCUGACGGCAAGGCCAAGGGCUUCGUCUGCCGCGUGCUCCCCUUUGGAGCUCUUGCUUCUGUUGGGCAGUUCAAUCGUUUUUCUCGACUUUGGCAAAGGAUUCUUUGGGAACUCAAUCUUGCAGCAUCGAGUUACUUCGACGAUUUCCCGGCUGCAGAGGUCAGGGCCCUGGCGAGCAAUCAUGACGCUUCUGUUAAGGCGGCUUUGCAUCUUUUCGGAGUCGACUGGGCGGAUGACAAGGACUUGCCGUUUGCCCAGCAGGCAGAUGUUUUGGGAGUGACUUUGGAUGCUUCGGAUGUGUCUCGCGGCGUCGUCAGGGUCAUGAACAAGCGAGAACGAGCUCGUGACAUCGCAUCUUCGAUCCAGCGGGUGCUCGAGAAUAUGGUUGCAUUGAUCCACGCCAGCAGACUGGCACUUGCUCAGAUCAGAAGGCUCGCCGAAGCGCGUCACAGGCAUGUUCUCACUCCUUUGGAAAUCUCGGCCUUCGAGAAUCUUCGUGCCCGGAUGCUCAGUGGCCGACCUCGCGAGAUUCCCAUUCGUCUGGGGGGCGGCAGAACUUAUGUGUUCACAGAUGGCGCAUGCGACAAGAAUGACAAUGGCUUCAGCUGUGCGAUCGGUGGAGUGCUUUAUCGUGUCCUUCCAAGUGGAGCUUACGAGAGGAGGGCGUUCGGCUGCUACCUUGAUGAAGCUGUGGUGUCCACAUGGGCUGGGGCUGGUAAGCGGCACCUCAUCGGACCCACGGAACUUUACGCUGUAGUUGCUGCUCGUGGAGUUUGGAAGAGGUUCUUGGACAACGAGCGGGCCAUUUUCUUCGUUGAUCAUAGUGGAGUCUUGUCGGCGAUGAUAAAAGGAUCUUCGCGUGACGAUGUUUGGCGCAGCCUCCUUCUCCACUACGAGCACUUCGAUGCUGAGUGCCCGACGAUCCCGUGGUUCGCUCGGGUACCGAGCAAAUCAAAUCCGGGCGAUGGCCCAUCGAGAUCGGAAUGGAGGUUUCCUGUCUUCGGAUCGUUUCAUCAAGAUGACCUUCAGUGUUUCAUCAGUGGCAAAGCUUUGUUACAGACGGGGCGUAGGUGA